AGACAUUAAAGCAUAUGAUCCAACUGAUAAUGGGAAACUAUUUAUUCUAGAUAUUUGUAGUUUAUUGACACAAUGGGAUUUAGAUACUUUACAAUAUAAAAAGCAAUAUCAGUUAGAAUGGGAUAGGAUUUGGAUUGCUUAUGAACUGAAGAAGGAUCUUUACGUUUUUAAUAACAGUUUUACAUUGCUUGCUGAUUUCACUGAAAUAAGGGACCCUUACUGUCUUAACCACGUUAAAACAGUUUCAAAUAUAUGUAAAAAAUUUUUAGCUAAAUUAAAUGGUAAAUUUAAUGCACAAAAAGCAGAUUUAUAUAUGAUUAAGAAUGAAAGAAUAUAUAGUGAUUACAACGAAAUAGGAUCUCUACUUAGUAAAUCACAAAUUGUGGAAUUUUUGCAAGUCAUUUUGGAUGAAAAUAUUAAUACAGAAGAUGAUAAAUUUAUAAUUAAAAAGGUAGAGGAAUCAUAUGAGGGAUUUUUAAUGGAUGAAAAGAGAGAGAUUCAACCAGAACAUCUACAAAAAUAUAGAUUUGUCUAUAGAUGCGAAUUAUUGGGUAACAAAGAUUUGGUGAUGAUUACAGUCAUUGGCCUUUUAAUUUGGAUGGUUUGGUCAAAAAAAGAAAUCAAAUUGCGAUAUUAUAAGGGGUUUUCUUUUACAUCAUCUUAUCUAAAUAAGAAAGACUUUAAUGAUCAAUAUAUAUCAGAAAUAUGUGAUCAUAGAGAAAAUUUAUUAUCACCACCAGAUUUUGAUGCAAUCAUGCUAUAUUAUGAAGAACUCUGCAUGAACAAAAGAUACCCUUUUAAAGAAUUGAUAGAUGAUUAUAUUGAAAAUAAGAUAACACUGAUAUUAUAUGGGCAACAACUUUUAAGGAGCUUUUUGAAUAAUAAAAACUAUUUAAUAGCAGAGAAAUUACCAACAAUCGAUAUUUCUUUAAAAUACCCUAGUUAUUCAAAUGAUCCAAAUGAUUCAUGGAAUCUAGUAUCUGCUUAUAAUUCUAUUUCAGAAAAUAGCAGCAUAUCAGAAAAUACUAUACUUGUUGAACCUCCAACUGCAACUACAAAUAUGUUUACAAUGCUGAAAACAGCGAUUUUAGCUAUAUAUAAUGUUGACGGAGUGAUCAAAACUAUAGAAGAUAAAAAGGAAAUUGUUAGAACAGCAAUUUUCUUAAGUGAUGACACUGAGGAUACUGAAAACUUGAACGCACCUGGAGUAGUUCUAAUUGCUGAAGAAACUUAUCGAAAAAUCAUCAAUGAUCUAGCUGACAUGAAGGAGAAAGAUUCUGUUGCUACUGAAGAUGAUCUAGAUAGUGACAAUUUAUCACAAGUCAAUGAGCUAAUGUUUGAUGCCCAAGCAAAUAAAGAUGAUAUAUUAAAUUUGGAAGAAGGUCAACAUACUGAAGAUAGUCACAUAAAUGAUUAUUUUAAAACUUCAAAAAGGAUGAAAAAUAAUAAUGCUUCGAAAUAUCCACAUGUUAAUGAGAAUCAGGAGCAAAGAGAUAAUAACUUUGAAGAAACUGACAAAUUAUUACCCUAUUCUCAUUUGUCAAUUAAUGUUACUGUUGUCAAUAAUGAAUUUGAAAGUAACGAAGAAAUCGAUAACUUAUUACCUGAUUCUCAUUCAUCAAUCAAUGUUACUGCCAAUACUUCGCAAGCAGUUAGUACCGAUAAUCAAAUUUCAAUUGAUAACGAAUGCGUUACUGAUAAUCAACAAGCUGAAAAUAAUGGAGAAUUGGUUGAAUCUAUAUUUAAUGAUGAGGAAGUUGAUGAAUUAUUACCUGAUUCUCAUUCACCAAUAAAUGUUACUGUCAAUACUUUGCAAGCAGUUAGUAUUGAUAACCAAAUUUCACCUAAUAAUGAAUAUGAAUCUAUACUCAAUAACUAUCCCAAUGACCAGCUCAAUGAUCAGCCAUCAAUUAAUGUUAUCUCAGGAAUGCUUGAACAAACAACCCUGGCAGAAAAUAGUACACUAGCCGAUGAUAUUGAAUCGAUUCAAGAUAAUGAUUAU